AUGUCUACAAGUACCACUACUGAUCCCUCGGUGGAAGACGUUGAAGGAUAUAAUACGGAAAUUCUUAUCGCUUACCUACAAAAUCAACGAAUUUUAAAUCUAAGUGAACAACAUAUUAAUGUGCUCCGUGAAAAUGAAGUCGCCGGUUAUGACUUUCUAAGAUUGAAACAAGAAGAUUUGGAACGAUAUGGACUGAAACCAGGACCGGCAAAAAGAAUAUCAGACUUUGCCAUUCAGUUAAAUAGUCAAAAGCAACCCGGUGCUAAUGCGUUCUGCUUCUGUGUACAAUUUUGUAAAAGUAGAGGAGACUUCCAACGUUGGGAAAUCGAGGAGGAUACCGAUAUAAAACCACAAAGAGGGGCUGGCGACUAUGUUUUGAUAAAUACCGUGAACCUCCUGCUCAAGGAUCAAAUGGUGGCUGGUGGCGGCCAGAUGAAAGAUGAUGUUUUCCCUGAUAUCAUAAUUGGCCAUGCCGAUUUCUACAAGGAAUUGACAAAAAUCCCACCUGAUUUAUCAAAGGGUCUGGGUUGGGAAGUUAAGAGUGAUUUAAAAGAUGGUUCAAAAGUAACUGAAGGGAAAGGUCAACUAGUAAAAUAUGCCAGGGCAUACCUUGCAGCAGAUCCACCUCUAACAAACGUUUUCUAUGGAUGUUUAACAGAUGGGAAGUUUUGGUUAUUUGUGAAAAUCCAACUUGUAUUAAAUAAUACUAAUAACCCAAAAGUGAAGUUUGAGGAAAGUCAGACUUAUGAAUGGAAUAAAAAGACUGCCUCACUUAUUGCUGGCAUAAUUGAGUGUUAUCAUAAUGACCUGUCCAUGAGAGCUUCUGAUGGUAUCUAUAUCAGAUUACACUCUGGAAAUCAUAUCCAUGUGCAGAUUACAUCUCACCUUGGAACUGGAAGAGAGUGUAUAGUUUUUUUGGCACAAGUACGUGAUUAUGGAAUAAAGGAUGCCGUUUUGAAGAUCGGAGUUCGCAACAAGACUUGUGUCUCAUUGAACGAAUACAUUAUUCAAACCGACAAACAUAAUAUAAAAAACUUUUGGGAGUGGGAAGAUGAAACUGUUCGUGUAGUGGAACUUCCCUCGUCAGCCCAUGGGAAUAGUAUCAGUACCAUUAUAGGGUUAUUUGGUGUACAAUUUUCCGCCGUGUUAGGCACUCCUUCCGGUAUUCUCCUUGCUGACGCGAUUACAUCUGGAGGAGGGAAAGAGGCGGAUGCGUCUCUUCAACCUGCGAGAAAACCUCAAGUGCGUAGGAAUGGAUAUGGUGGAAAAGUAUGA